UCAGGGCACUCUCCAUGUGGAUCUCGACAGAAAUUACAGUUAUUGCACUUCUUCUGCAGCGCUGUCCCCAUGUUGAAGCUGUUCGUCCUGAAUGCGACCCAAACUACAUUUUGCUCCAAGAUGAAGUGUCCUGUUUGGAGCUGCUCAACAAGACUUUCAUCAGCCAAGGACAACAACGAGAAUGCAGGGGAUGGUGGGACCAUGUUAACUGUUGGCCCCAUGCUGCAGUUGGAGAUGUUGUGUCUCAGCCAUGUCCUGGAUUUCUACACACCACUGGGCAAGUUUUCAGGAACUGCACAGAGCUUGGCUGGACUGAUCCCUACCCUCCACAUGAUAUAGCAUGCGAGUAUGGCUUUAAUGAAAGCCUUCCUCUAGAAGUGCACAGCUCCCAGAGGUACUUCCUGUUUGUGAGAAUCAUGUACUCUGUGGGUUACAGUGUUUCCCUUGUCUUCCUCAUCACAGCUGUUGCUAUUCUCUCCCUUCUGAGGAGGCUCCACUGCACACGCAACUUUAUCCAUGUCCAGCUCUUCCUCUCCUUCAUCUUCCGAGCCGUACUCAUCUUUAUCAGGGAUGCAGUUCUGUUCUCAAAUGAAGACAGUUUUCACUGUCACAUCUAUACGGUCAGUUGUAAAUUUGCCACCGUGCUGUCUAACUACUGCAUCAUGGCCAACUACAGCUGGCUGCUGGCUGAGGGCUACUACCUGUACAAACUUGUCAGCGCCUCGCUGUUCUCUCAGAGGAAACCCUUGUCGUGGUACAUCAUCCUUGGCUGGGGUUCUCCAGUGAUUAUCAUGAGUGGCUGGAGUUUUGCUAAGUACCUCCAUGAAGAUGAAGGUUGCUGGGAGAUGAGAAGGAGUGAAUGGAUCUGGUGGAUUCUCAGACUUCCUGUUCUACUCUUCAUUAUAGUGAACUUGUUGUUCUUCCUGUGUAUCCUAAAAAUACUGGUGGCCAAGCUGAGGACACAAGACAUGCCCGGCAAUGAAUUCAAUCACUACAGGAAACUUGCCAAGUCAUCCUUCCUCCUGGUGUCGCUCUUUGGCUUACACUACAUUCUCUUUGCUUUCCUUCCACACAAAGUCCGCGGCAGGACCUAUGAAAUCUGGAACUUUAUUGAGCUGGCUUUUGCUUCUACUCAGGGAUUCGUCGUAGCGCUUCUGUACUGUUUCCUGAACGCGGAGGUGCAGAACGAGAUCCAGAGGAGGUGGCGGAGGUGGAAGAUGAAGCACCGCGUGCAGUUGGAGCACAGGAGGAAGUGCGGCAGCAUGAGCCAGAGCGGGGGUGGCCCCACCAGCAUCGCUCUUCUAUUUAAAUCAGCCUCCACACCCGAGUCUGGUCUGGUGUAGCGUGAUACGAGGCUCCUCAGCGAGAGAAAUACAAGAUGAUGU